AUGGGGUUCUCAGAAUUGAACAUAGUAUUCCAGAUGUUGCCUGAAAGGUCAGAGUACAGUGGAACGAAUACUUCCUGCUUGCUGGAUACUAUGCUUCUCAAGAGAGCCUUUAAAAAAGUAUUCACAUUUGGGGGCAGCCAGGGUGAAGACUCAGAGCAAGAGACUGUGUCCGAGGUGCCAGGUCCACACAUGCGAAUGAAGCAACUGAAACCCAUAGAGAAGAAGUGGCCUGCCAAGGUGGAACAUGAACCCAGCUCCUUCAAACUUCAGAUCUGGUGCCCUCCUCAAUAUACUGUCAGACCAGACCUACACAGGAAGUCUGAGGUGGAAACAAAGACAGAGGGGGAGACUGCAGCAGACAGUGAGAGCCGAGCUGAACCUGCACCAAUACCCACCUCUGAUGAUACUCCUGAGGUCUUCAACCGGGCACUGUCAAAAUUGAGUUCCUGGUGGAAAAACUGGUGGGUGAGAGGUAUCCUGACUUUGGCUAUGAUUGUCUUUUUCUUCAUCAUCAUCUAUUUGGGACCCAUGGUUUUAAUGAUGAUCGUGAUGUGUGUUCAGAUUAAGUGUUUCCAUGAGAUCAUCACCAUUGGCUAUAAUGUCUACCACUCAUAUGACCUACCUUGGUUCAGGACCCUCAGUUGGUACUUUCUGCUGUGUGUGAAUUAUUUUUUCUAUGGUGAAACAGUGACUGAUUACUUCUUCACGCUGGUCCAGAGAGAGGAGCCUUUGAGGAUUCUCAGUAAAUAUCAUCGCUUCAUUUCCUUUGCUCUUUACCUAACAGGGUUCUGCAUGUUUGUACUGAGUCUUGUUAAGAAGCAUUAUCGACUCCAGUUCUAUAUGUUUGGUUGGACUCAUGUGACAUUGCUUAUUGUUGUGGACCACAGUCCCUAUCUCAUUAUCCACAACUUGUUUGAAGGAAUGAUCUGGUUUAUUGUCCCUAUUUCAUGUGUGAUCUGUAAUGACAUCAUGGCCUAUAUGUUUGGCUUUUUCUUUGGUCGGACCCCACUCAUCAAGCUUUCUCCAAAGAAGACAUGGGAAGGCUUCAUUGGAGGAUUCUUUGCUACCGUGGUGUUUGGGCUUCUGCUCUCCUAUUUAAUGUCUGGAUACCGAUGUUUCAUCUGCCCUGUGGAGUUUAACAAUGACCCCACCAGCUUCACUGUGGAUUGUGAGCCUGAUCUCUUCAGACUUCAGGAAUACAACAUCCCUUUGGGGAUUCAGUCUGUCCAUUGGCUGAAACAGUUCGGGAUGUAUCCCUUCCAAAUACAUAGCAUUGCUCUCUCCACCUUUGCCUCCCUCAUUGGACCCUUUGGAGGUAUUUUUGCAAGUGGAUUCAAACGGGCCUUUAAAAUCAAGGACUUUGCCAACACCAUCCCUGGCCAUGGAGGUAUCAUGGACCGCUUUCGACUGCAGUACCUGAUGGCUACUUUUGUUAAUGUGUACAUUGCCAGCUUUAUCAGGGGACCCAACCCAAGUAAGCUGAUUCAACAGUUUUUUGACCUUCGUCCGGAUCAGCAGCUUCAACACUUCAACACGUUAAAGGCUCACCUUAUUGACAAGGGGAUGUUGACUGCCAGCACUGAAGACCAGGGGACAACCUAGAAAGAGGACAGUAGGAUCAGAACUGAGCUCUAGGGCAAGUCUUCACGUCAAUCCCAGCUUGUGUGACUUUUAAGACCAUUACAAGACCUCAUUUCACUGUUUUCCUUUUUUUGGUAAAUUUUUUGUGUCUGUGCUGUGGGUUUUAAAGAACAAAGAGCUGUCUAUAUAUACACAUACUGAUAUGUGUAUUUAUAUGAUGUGACUAAGUGCAUAAAUUAGAACUUUGAAUUGGAAGGAAAUCACAGGAGUUAAACCUAUGUGGGUUUAAACAAAAUAAAAUACAAAACCCAUAAUCCUGGGGGCAUCUGUUCCAAGGGUUGUUCUGGUGGAUCCAAGCCCCUUUAAAUUUAACAUUCCUUCUGUCCUGUUUACUUGGAGAUCAGAGCCGCCAAAUACAGACUGAUGGCCACACCAGAGAGUAAACUUUUGCCCAAUGCUGCAGCCUUUCUAGCUAGCCUAAACUCACGGCACAGCUGAACUACUUUGCAGUCACAGAAAGCUUUUACCCAAACCAUUUUCAGUUCACAGUAUUACUCUGAUUGAAAGCAAAGUUGUCUUCUGCUAGAAGGAAAACAUGGUGUCUGACAAAUGCUAUAUUUAUUGAAAAAGCAUCUUAAUGAGAUGACAUUUCAUUUAAGAAUCCCAUUUUGUGUGAAUAUUACUAUAGUUUGAUUAUAACCUUUGCUCAGUGCACCUUAGAAGAUAUCUUUCAGUUUUAAAUUAAAAAGCAAACAAGAAAACCAUGGAGCACGAAAAGUGAUUAAAAAUAAAGUCUGGAGGAGGGAAAUGCCCACAUACCUGUCUGUAGGAGAGAAUACCUAGCCUAAUAUACAGACUUCUCAUAUUAUUAGACUCAAGUCCUAGCUGAAAAUAGUAUUGCUGGUUCUGUUCACUCUUCAGGGAUCAAGUCCCUCAGGUCUGUCUGCUGUAUUUAUUAAGCUGGAGACUUGAAUGCUGCUGAUCAUUUCUGUUGAUUUUGUGUUUUUCUUUGAGCCAAAGAGGAGGGAUUGGCUUCUAGCCCAUGGGCUCUUUGCUUUAUCAUUUACUUGGUUGACUUAAAUUAUACUUGUUGCACUGGUAGUAUCUGUGUAAAUAUUCACCUAUUUGCCUAACUGUUAUGUUUAUCAUCUAAAUGGAACCCUGCUGCAAACUCAGUCUGAGUCCUUGAGAACCUUUUGUACAGUUCUGGAAUACCUUGAUGGUUAAAUACAUAAUCAAUCUCUGACAUGCUAAUGUCAGCCUACAAUUGUCUUUUCCCAGGGGUCUUAAAAAAGAAAGUAAAAAGUUAGUGACAUUUUUUUCUCCCUGAAUAUAGGAUGAAAUUGACAGAAGAGACAAGCUCUCCACCUCCCUGGACAAUCAUCCAGGGCAACCAGGGGUGAUUCUGAAGAACUUGGUAGCCUGAUAGAGGUUGUUCAGAUCACACUGUGCCAGUGUGAUCCACUUUCUCUGUUGAAAAUAGAGAUGUGUAAUCUAAUAUGAUGUAAUUUCCUUGGCA